ACUAUGGCGGACGAAGCUGGCCCUCACCAGUCUCAUUCUGAUGCCCCAAUGGCAAAUGCUACUAACGAACACAACGCUCCUGUUCCUGGUGACGUGCGUGAUACUAAAGCACCGGGUCAUCACACACAUGAGCAUGAUGUCGGGCGACUUACUCCAAGACCGACAUUCAUGGAGCAUCUGGCAGCUUCGCGUGACGAGCAAUUCCAUCUCAAGACGCGGAAUAGCGAUAUCGAUCGCUACUUUCAUGGACCUCGAGACAUGGAAAAACACACAAAAUGGCCAAUCUUUAUGCGUAUGCAUGGCAGUGUUACUCCUAAAAUGAUUGUACCGCUUGUCUUUGUAGCUGCUUGGUCGACUGCCAUUACUUGUAUUUCCCACUUUGUUCACGAUCUUGGUAUCAAUGACAUUCUACUCACCGUGCUAGGUUUCCUGGUCGGUUUGGCGUUGUCAUUCCGAAGUUCAACUGCAUAUGAAAGAUGGGCCGAUGGUCGAAAGUACUGGGCUCAGCUCGUACAAGUGUCUCGUAACCUCUCCCGUACUAUUUGGGUCAACACCAGCGAGCGCCCAGGCGAUGCUGGCAAGGAAGACCUACUGAAUAAGCUGAGCGCACUGAACCUCAUUCUCGCAUUUGCCGUUGCUCUGAAGCACAAGCUUCGUUUCGAACCGGAUGUAGCAUACGAGGACUUGGCUGGUCUUGCAGGCCACAUGGACACAUUUGCCCGAGAUGCCCAUGACCCUCACAUCGUCAGCCCUCCUCGAAAGACGCCCUGGAAGGCAGUUGGCGAAUACCUGGGUAUCUCAUUCGCCGAGUCCAACCCUCGUAAGCUCAUAAAGCGGUCUAAGAAGCCUUUGGGUCAUCUUCCCCUGGAGAUCCUUAAUCAUCUGAGCGCAUACAUUGACUCGUGCGUGGCUAAUGGCACAUUGACAUCUGGUCUACACCAGAGUCAGGCUAUUACAAUGAUGGCUACAAUGACUGAAGUUCUGACGGGUACAGAGCGGGUGCUAGACACCCCCAUGCCCUCAGCUUACAGCAUCGCCAUUGCGCAGAUUGCCUGGAUCUAUGUGCUGGUUCUUCCAUUCCAGUUAUACAGGCUGAUGAACUGGAUCACCAUCCCAGCCUCAAUGGUGGCUGCGUACAUUAUUAUCGGCCUAGCCACCAUCGGCAGUGAAAUCGAAAACCCCUUCGGCGAGGACGUCAACGACCUCCCACUGGACCAUUACUGCCGUCAAAUUGCCGGCGAGAUUGAUGUCAUUACUGCCACUCCCGCGCCGAAGGUCGCUGACUUCAUGACGCGGGAAGAUAACUUGGUCUUGUUCCCUCUCAGCGAAAAGGGAUAUCCUGAGUGGAAACAGCGUAGUGUGCAGGACAUUCGUGCGGCACUCAAAGCGAAGGUUAUCGCCAACCCGGACACAGCUCCAUCUGACGGUUCUUCUACUCUCGUGGGACUCACUUCUCUGACAAGUAAACAGUCCGUUUAA